AUGACCGAAGCACUCUCCAAAGUCGACUCCGCCGUCCAAGGCCUGUCAUCGCCGACCAAGGAGAAGGGCCAUAGGAGGGCAAGCUCCACGGCGGCACCUGGUGUUUUCAACAUCAAUGAACUGGAGAAGGAUAAGAUUGAGAUCCAGCUGCCCGUCGAGACGCAAAAAACGGGCUGGAAGAUCAACUCGAGCCCCACGACGGUCGAGGAGUCGGCCAUCCUCAAGCUUCACCUGACAACGCCCCCCGUCAAGAAGAUCGACCUGCACUUCCCGCUCGGGAUGGAGGUGACGGCGCGGAACCUCAAGGGCGUCACCAUCAAGGACGCCCUGGAUGCCAUCUACAAGUCGUACCGGAAACGGGCUGAUGACGAGCUCGACAACCCGUACCUCGCCGGCUUCGAGUGGGACAAGGAGGAGUCGUGGACCCGCUUGGUUGUCCACCUUCAGAAGCAGCCCGCCAUCGGCAACUUUGGCAGCGGCGGUGGUGGCAAGAAGAAGAAGGGCAAGAAGGACGACGAGUGA